GCUCCUGCCAUCUACACAGCCGCCCCCUUUCAGCAGGGUCUGCAGUGGGGUUGGGUCACUCAGAAGGGACUGUGGAUUGAUAGGCCACAGAACCUGUUCCUCACCAUCUGCUCUUUACCAGGACAUGCGACUCUGCUCUGCUAGUUGCUCAGAUACCAUUUGCUUUUGACUCAAGAUGAUUUGAUGUCUUAUAAUAAACUUAUUAACCAUGAUGGCUACACAGACAUUAAGCAUAGACAGUUAUCAAGAUGGGCAACAAAUGCAAGUAGUAACAGAGUUGAAAACAGAGCAAGAUCCCAAUUGUUCUGAACCCGAUGUGGAAGAAGUGAGCCCUCCCCCUAUGGGGUCCCAGACACCGAUGGAUGCAGACAAGCAGGCCAUUUAUAGGCAUCCACUGUUUCCAUUAUUAGCUUUGUUGUUUGAAAAAUGUGAGCAAUCCACGCAGGGCUCAGAAGGUACAACUUCUGCCAGUUUUGAUGUGGACAUUGAAAAUUUUGUAAGGAAGCAAGAGAAGGAAGGAAAACCCUUCUUUUGUGAAGAUCCAGAAACUGACAAUUUAAUGGUAAAAGCAAUCCAGGUUUUGCGUAUUCAUCUUCUUGAGCUGGAAAAGGUUAAUGAACUCUGCAAAGAUUUCUGCAGUCGAUAUAUUGCUUGUCUAAAAACAAAAAUGAACAGUGAAACUCUCCUGAGUGGAGAACCUGGAAGCCCGUACUCUCCUGUCCAGUCCCAGCAGAUUCAAAGUGCCAUCACAGGCACUCUCAGCCCCCAAGGAAUUGUGGUGCCUGCAUCCGCGCUGCAACAGGGUAAUGUAACUAUGGCAACAGUGGCAGGUGGCACAGUUUAUCAGCCUGUUACAGUCGUCACUCCUCAAGGCCAAGUAGUGACACAGGCGUUGUCACCUGGGACAAUCAGGAUCCAGAACUCCCAGCUUCAGUUACAGUUAAACCAAGAUUUGAGUAUCUUGCAUCAAGAUGAUGGCUCAUCCAAGAACAAGAGGGGCGUUCUGCCAAAGCACGCCACCAGUGUGAUGCGGUCCUGGCUCUUUCAGCACAUAGGGCAUCCCUACCCCACAGAAGAUGAGAAAAAACAGAUUGCUGCUCAGACAAAUUUGACACUACUCCAAGUUAACAACUGGUUCAUCAAUGCUAGAAGACGAAUUCUUCAGCCGAUGUUGGAUUCUAGUUGUUCAGAAACUCCAAAAACAAAGAAGAAAACUGCUCAGAACAGACCAGUUCAGAGGUUUUGGCCCGACUCCAUUGCAUCUGGAGCCACACAGCCACCACCCAAUGAGCUCGCCAUGUCAGAAGGAGCUGUUGUGACGAUCACCACGCCCGUGAGCAUGAAUGUGGACAGCCUCCAGUCUCUGUCCUCAGACGGUGCCACCCUGGCUGUGCAGCAGGUCAUGAUGGCGGAGCAGAGUGAGGACGAGUCCGUGGACAGCCCAGGGGCUGGCGGGGCCGCACUCACCCCCACCCACAUCAGUGGGCUGGUUCUGGAGAACAGCGACUCCCUGCAGUAGGCCAGGACGCCUAGGACCCAGGGUGGCGCCAGGACCCAGGGUGGCGGGCCUGGCUUUUUAUAGUUUGCACAGCAAACAUUUUACACAGUUUUAUUUCUGAUCUGUUUUAUAUGUAGAUAUAGAAGAGUGCACUUUUGUAUUUCAUAGCAAGCUCAAGGGCGUCUGUGCCGGUGCAGCAACUUCUUUCAAGUGAGUGCGCGUGUGUGUGGGUCUUCAAGGAAAUUCUUUAAAGGUUUAACGCUAAGUAUGUGACAAAUGACAAACCCCCAUGAUCCCCUAAGUAGAUUAAGGAACUUUUAUAAAAAAAAAUCAUGCAGUUUUAAUGCGUUCUUUGGUUAAAGCAGGUCCCCGAGGGCUGACUUCUUUGUGUAGCCCACAGGUUUGAAAGAAGCUUCUGCACCUUAAAACCGCCAGUGCGAGGUGGACAAGACACGGCCAUAGACUGGUGUGACUCUGUGGUGAAUGUACAACAACUUCAGUACCUUUACGUUCUCUCAUAGUCAGUGAGCCUGUUUCAUUUGCUAUAUAUAAAAAGAAACUCCUAUUUUUACCUUGCUGGAAUUAUUGGAUAAAAAGCUAUUUUUAUAAAUUCGUUAUGAAUUGGAUUAUGACUAUACUGAGGAUAAAAUUUCUAGAGAAGAAAUCAUACAUGCUUACUAUUUCAAUUUGGAGCGUUAUGAAUUGACCAAAUUUAAUGAACCUGCCCCAAGAUAGCUAUGGUAGUAAUUUACAUUUACUACUACAAAAGAAACAACUAUUUAAUGAAAUUUUGAUAUGUAGUCAAAUUUUAGUUUAUAUGUAAAUGCUCAGAUUUCAUUUUCCACUUAAUCUAAACAUAUAUCUAAAGGUAUUUGCUAAGUAAAACUUAGUUAAAUGAAAUGGUAGCCAGUAAUUAGUUUUUACCAUACAUAUUUCAGUCUAAUUUAAAUUUGACUACAGUUAAAUGGUGACUAUACCAUGUUAGCUGUGUGUUUUAGAAUUUUUUAGUCAGCCAUAUAUUAUACAUAGAAUGUUUAUUAUAAACUAAUAUAAAAUGUCCUGUCCCACUGGCUCAGAGCUAGGGUAAAUCACAAACAUUCAGCUUCGUUUCAUAGUUAUAGCAGAUACCCAUGAAGUGACCGGGACUGUGCUGACAAGCGAUGCACGCUCCUGCUAUUGGCCACACAGGUUACCCUUGGUCCUGGGUUGAGGUUUUCUCCUUGUAUGUGUUCCUCUGGAAUUUCCAGAGAUUUGGAAUAAUGUUAGAACUUCCAUUUCCUGGUGCCGAGACGCAUCAAAAUUGUAGACGAGGUUUUUUAUUUACUUUGGUGGUUUUCAUUUGGUCUCUUGCCAUUGGGGUUUUUUCUCAGAGAGAAAACAGGGUGCCUUGUUUCAGAGAGGACGUCUGUAUGGAAUCUUACCGGUGACACCCAGAGUUCAGCGUGUCUCCAAAGGAGGGUCUCGUGGUUGGGAGGGUCGUUAGCAGCAGUAAGUGGUUAUGGGCCAGGUUUACUUUGAACGGUAUGCUGAGCUAGGGCAGAUUUUUUUCUGGGACUGACUUUUCCUUAAAAAUUUAUUAAUUAAAGUUAAUCAUAGGAAAGUACUUCCUAGAUAACCUAGAAGGCAGAAAGAAAUAAUAAAAAUUUCUUUUCAAGUAUUUCAGCAGCUUUAAAAAAAGCUUGACUGGCAACUCUUUGGGGAGAGCAUCCCAUUUUAAAGUAACUGGCAUUUCUUCUUUAUAAACAGUUUUUAAUAUUUUAAGUCUACAUAACUAUCAAAGAUCAUUUUAGCUUUACUUACAUUCUAACUGCUGGAUUUCACAAAAUGAGGAUCUGUGGAAGCCAGCCCUGCCCACCUCCCCCCGCCCGCCCUUUGUCCCUCUGGGCCACCCUGCUCUUUGGUUUAGGAAAAAGAGUCAGGGAAUGUAGGCUCCUUACAGGUCAUUGUUCCUCUCCCCACCAGAAACCAUGGCACUGAGGCAGAUGUUAGCCGAGGCUGCACACACCGUGUCAGUUUGGAUGCGGCAUGUCAGGGUUCGCAUUGGCCUGGAUUCAGCUUAUGUGCCCAGUGACGAGGCGUGCGCCUCUGCAGCUGAAGUGGUGUUCUUAGCCCUAAGCUCUUGUCACUGCCUUCAGGGGCUAGGGCAAAGGUUAUUUAGAGAGUGUGUUGGCAUGGAUAGGCACAGCCUGAGGUUUUUCUAACAUCUUCCCUUAUUAACACCUGACAUGGCUGUUUGGGUCAUAAAACCACUGCCCAGUAUGCUUGUUGUCAUUUUCCACCUUAUCAACACCCAUUUUCCAGACAUUGGAGAGAACCUGUGAAAGUACCUUUUCCAUUGAAUUUUCACUGUAAACAAACAGAUCCUUUGUUGUUCAAUUCUUUCCUUAUGAAGGAUGCUUUUGGAUGUUUUGAGACCCCAGGUAAGCAUGUUGUCCCUGCUGCUCAGCUGGAGCAGAUAGCUGGACCAGCUUUGCUGCACCCAAACAACUCCAGCUGAUGGACUAACCCAGCUUUCAACCUUUGGUUCCAGAUGGCAAGAUACGUUUCAGCAUUUAUUCCGUGUGCAAAGGAAUCAGUUCGGUGUCACCUCUCGGGUGACUCUACUCUGACCUGCGUGAAGAGUGCUGAGGCACGUUUUUUUUCAAACUUAGACAAACCCAGAAGGUGUGACAGGCCCAUUUUUGGCAGUUAGUGACAGAAAUGACUCAGCAAUCUUCCUUUGUUUUAAUUAUGUUUGGUCUAUGAACUGACAAUCUUUAAAACGUGAAUACUGUAACAAUAUGUUUUCUUGGAUUGUUGUCUUUAAAGGGGAUUUUUGUGAAGCAAUUGAUUUAUCAAAGCAAAAAAAUUAAAAAUAGAAACACACUUUA